AUGGACUUAUGUUUGCGGCCGGCAUUUGGCUUCCAGCAUGUGCCGACAAGUCUAGCGCCUCCGCUCAUUCCCGAAAACUCCAAAGCCAUGGCGGCCGUCGAAGGUGUCGUUUGCUCCCGGUGCUCCGGCCGCGGACACCGUGCAGCCGACUGCGUGAAGCCCUUCUACCGUGUGUGCAACCAUUGCAAGCAGCUUGGGCACUUGGUGAAAGCUUGCCCGGAGCUCAAAGCGAAAAGGGAAAGCAAGGAGAAGAAAGAGAAGGAGAACGACGCUCGGAGUGAAUCUGAGGUGAGCACCACUGCUUCAGAAUGGUCCGGGAAGUCCACGCGAUCGCGUGGUUCCAGAAAGGGCAAUUCCAAUGGAGCUGUUGGGCAGUGGCAGCCACAUCACUGGGUCCUUAGCGAGGAUGAGGAGCGAGAAGCUCGCAAGCUGGAGAAGAAGCUGCGAGAGAUUUCCGCUCUGGAGCGGAUGCGGGACGAGGGCAGGGUCUUGGACGUGCUGCAGCAGCAGAAGCUGCAGCGCAAGAGCGAGAUCGAGGGCCACGACAUCCUGCGCAAAGUGCGCCUGGGAUAUCGCCGAGCCCAGCUGCCAGCGCUGGCCGAGUAG